GUACAAGAGCCUUGCUCUUCAACCACUAGAGCACCAGCUGCUCUCGUUACUAUCCAUGCAACUUCUUUCAUUUAUUCUAUCAUAAGCGAUAGAAUAACAACAAACUGUCGGUACACUCCACGUGCCACGACACGUCUCUUCCGUGAUUUACGGAAAGCAAAUCACUUUCUGCUAAAGCUGUCUGCCACAGCGUCUCGAGGUUCGGCCUGUCCCCUUACACGCUCAACACGCGCCAACAGCUUUUCCGGGUUUCGGGGCGACUUUAAUCCAACGCGUAGAAUGAAUCACAGGAAUCGUCCAUCCAACGGUGGAGAUCUGCUCACCUCGCUCUAUAAAUAGGUGCAUUCUGGAGAAAAACUGUUCACACCAAAGAAAAGAAAUUUUCCCCAGCCAUUCUCUCUCAAACUCUUCAGCCUUCCUCUCGAAACUCAAAUCCUUUCUUCAUCAAUUUCAAUCCUUCUCCUCCCGAUCUUCUCUUCCAUCUGGUAGAUUCAAUCUCUUCUUUUCUCUGAACUUUCAGAUCUCCAACCCACCAUCAUCAUCCUUAAUCCCUUUAACAACAACUCCUUCAAACACCCGACAACUUUACUCUUCGAUCUUCACAUCCCCUCAACCCAUCACCAUGGAACCACGAACUCUGCAACUGAUGGAGCUACAAACCCAGCAACAAAUCGAGGAUGGAGGAAACAACCAAGCAGCCGGGAGUAGUGCCAACACAGAUUUCUGGCGAAGCCGUGCCAGGUGGGUUCCUACUCCAGAUCAAAUAAGGAUCCUCAGGGAUCUUUACUACGACAAGGGAGUUAAGACCCCAACUACAGAGCAGAUUCACGAGAUCUGUCUCCAGCUGCAACAGUAUGGACAGGUUGAGGGCAAGAACAUUUAUUUUUGGUUCCAGAAUGUCAGGGCUCGAGAGAAGCAGAUGAAGAGGUGCAAUCAGGCUGCUCAAGUGCCCAUGGGAACUAGUUCUCCUGGUACUGGUGGAUCCAUUGAUCUCAAUUUUGGGUCCACUGGUUCUACUGGUGCUGGUGGAUCCAUCGACAUCAAUUUUGGGCCAGCUGGUGGAUCCAUUGACAUCAAUUUUGGGUCCACUAGUUCUACUGGUGCUGGUGGAUCCAUUGAUCUCAAUUUUGGUUCCACUGCUUCUACUGGAGGACAAUCUUCCAUGGAACAACGAGGAGGAGUUCGCCAGGAGUUUGAAACUCUUCCUCUGUUCCCCGUGCACGGCGAGGACGUCUAUGGUAACCCGAAGACUACUUCCGAGGAAGGUAGCGCAUAUGAUUACUAUUUCGGUGGCGCAGGCGGUUACAACCGUGGAUCUCCAGUUUCUCUUGAGCUCAGCCUCAACCCAUCCGGAGCUACUGAUUAGGCUUAGUAUAGCGUAGUUCCAAUUUCCUUUUUGUAAUAUUAAAUCAAUAAGAUGGUGUGCAUGUUCUCUUUUCUUUUUGUUUAACCAACAACAACACCAAGGAUCGAACCUUGGUCACCCAAUACUAUUUUCAAAACCAUAAACAACUCUACUGCACACAUCUUUCAUAAUGAUGCAAUAAAAACAAUCACUCAAAAAGAAUCCAACAAUCAAUUAAGUCGCAUCGAGGUCUAGCUAGUAUCCUCUGAGUCAAACCAAACACAAACAAUUUCAUCGAUAGGAUUAGGGAUUUAUAAAGCUAAACACAUCCUGAGUUAGCUAGGAAAAACCCACGUCUUUAGAGUUACUCUUACAAAUCUUAUAAAAUCUCAACCAUUUCCUCUAUUAAUUGCUCCAUUAAACUUACCACAAUUCAUACCCUAUGAAUUUACGAUUUAGAAACCGAAUCAAACUCCAUAUCGCAUAGUAAUUCACUUGAACCACUAUGGAUACCCAACAAUGUCACUACAAUCAAUACCCAAAAUUGCACUUAACCAUUUCUCCUAAAAUCCAUCACCACAGAAACACACCCUCAUCUAAUAACAUUUACAGAGAGUUGACUCUAAAUCUCCCCAUUAUUUACCGACCAAGAUCAAACUCCAUUUCAAAACUUUAAGUGUCCCGCCUACUUAAACUUAAAACACAAACAACCUCAAAUUCACUUCAGUCCAACUCCAUACUACGAUCCAAAACUUAAGAAAACUAGUUCACAAAAUCAAUUUCCUUCACUUAAAUAAAACUAUGUCCACAAGUCAUAGUCAGGUCAACAGACCAAGGUGUCCAAACGGAGAAUUUCCAAUCCAGUUGUCUUUGUGAAACGCAAAAUAUCAAUCAAAAUGAUGCUCGCAACAUCAACCACGUAUACAAAACAUGUUCCUCGGAUCUCGAUUUAAAUUUAGAAAUACUAAAACUACCACUAGUCCCACUUCAAAUAGCCCUUAAGAUUUUAGGUACUCGGAGAGAACUCAAAUAUAUAGUCGUUCGUC